AUGUCCAAUACCAUGCGCGUUGCAAUAGCAGGCACCUCUGGCCUGGCACUACUAAUAGCUCAGGUGCUCAAUAACUCUACCAGUCACCAAUUGGUCAUCCUUUCGCGGACGGUGAGUGCUUACAAAUGGACAUGCAUUCCCUUCCUCAACGCAAAAUAUGACGAUUCUAAGACGAGCCAGCACCAAACUAGCCUUAUAGCGUCCGGUUACAAUUGUCAAACCGUCGACUACAACAAUGCUGCUUCCCUUCAACAUGCAUUGAUGGGUGUUGACACUGUCAUCUCCACAGUCAUGGGUAACCCUCAACUUCGACUCAUCGAAGCGGCUAUACAAUGUCGGGUGCGACGUUUCGCACCCGCUGAAUUUGAAGGUCGGCCAAGCCUAAGAGCUCAAAAUGAGCUACUCGAUCGUAAUCACAACUCAGCGUUGGCCUUGCUAGAGCAUUAUCGGAGCCACAUGCAAUACACGGUCUUCGUUUGCGGCAUACUGUAUGAACGGUUCUCCGUGAACGGAAUGAUGUCUCACCGGAUAGGAUCCAGCACUGGUUAUGGUCAUGAAGGUGGAUUUAUCGCCGAUCCUCGGCAAAUGACUGCAAUGGCACCAAUAUAUGACGCUGCGCAGAACCCGUCCUGGAUAUGUCUGACUUCCGCAUACGACGUAGCACAGUUCGUGGUACGAGCCAUCGAUAUGCCCGACUGGCCUAUCGAGAUGAGCAUGUGCGGUGAACGCAUGACUGUCCACGAUCUGGUAGAAACUAUCAGAGCUUGCAGGAACCUUGAAUAUCAGAUAACUAUGGCUCAGCUCGGCGGAGACAUCGCCGGGCAGAGGCGGCUCGCCCCGCUUCUUGCCACAGCAGAGGGUCUUUAUGACUUUGCAGUACCGGCAUACCUCAACUCAGUCUUCCCAGACAUUCGGGUGACCCGCUUCCAAGCCUGGUUCUUGCGAAAUUGGGCUUCCAUUCCUUGA